AUGGAGCCUAUCCAAGCACACAUUGGGCGAAAGUGUUUUACUUUCAGAUCUGCUUUAAAUAGACAUCAGAAAAUUCAUACAGGUAAAAAGCCCUACACAUGUUCUCAGUGUCGGAAAUGCUUUUCCAGAAAAGAUGCUUUAUAUAUCCACCAGAUGACUCAUACAGGUGAGAAGCCCUUCAAGUGUACUCUCUGUGGAAAGUGCUUUUGCGUAAAAACUUCUUUUAAUAUCCACCAGAGAAUUCAUACAGGUGAGAAGCCCUACAAUUGUAUUCUUUGUGGAAAGUACUUUUCCAAAAAAGCUCAUUUAAAUAUCCACCAGAGAAUUCAUACAGGUGAGAAGCCCUAUACUUGUACUCUGUGCGGAAAGUGCUUUUCCACGAAAAGUUGUUUAAAUAUCCACCAGAUAACUCAUACAGGUGAGAAGCCCUACAAUUGUAUUCUUUGUGGAAAGUACUUUUGCACAAAAGCUUAUUUAAAUAUCCACCAGAGAAUUCAUACAGGUGAGAAGCCCUAUACUUGUACUCUGUGCGGAAAGUGCUUUUCCACGAAAAGUCAUUUAAAUAUCCACCAGAUAACUCAUUGA